ACCCAACAAACUAGCUGUUUAUUUCUAUGACAACGACAAUUCCUUUAACCAAUUUAUUAAACAUCGUGAAUAAGCACGAUAAAACACGUCAAAAGAAUCUUUGCCAAUUCCAGAAGCAAGAAAAAAAAAAAAAAAAACAAGCAAAAAUGGAAAAUGUUGGUGAAGGAGAAGAAGUGAAGAUCAAGGUUGUGACGCUGAAAGCCAUUGAAGCAACCCCUGAAACCUUCAAAGACUAUGGUCAAGUCAUUCAAUCUUCUGUUAAUGGUGAAGAGUUUGGACCUCAUGAUGCUAAGCUUGAACUUUCCCGUGGGACUCCUAGAUUUUACAUAAUGAACCUCAAAAAUCGGAAACUCAAAUUUUCAACGAUCACCCACCAUGCAAAUGUGACUCAGUGCCUAGGUUCUAUUGGUGGUCAUACCUGGUACCUCGGAGUUGCUAAGCCAUCCAUAGUGGACUUGUAUAUCCCUCCUAUUGUGGAAGAAGUGCCUGAUUCCAAUGCAACUGUCGUUGAAUCAAACAAAAAAAUUGCCAAAGCACCAUUUGGUCAUUUAUAUGUACCUCCUAGCGUGGAUGAAGUGAAGGUUUUCAAAAUUACGGGGCCCAAAUUUCUUAAGCUUAAUGUUGGGACUUGGCAUGCUGGGCCUUUAUUUAAUGUAGAUGCAAUGGAUUUUUACAACUUGGAAUUGAGUGAUACCAAUGUUGUGGAUCAUACUACUCAUAACUUCCAUCGAGAGAAUGGAGUACGCUUUGUGAUCGACGAAUAGCUUCUAAAUGGUCGUUGCUGGAAAAAUGGUAUUUGCAUUGAUCUUCCGUCUUGCCUCGUUGUGAAAUUUAAGCUGUAAAACAUGUACUGUAAUCCAAGUGAUGUUGUUUACUUUUUAAGUUCAGUGAAUAGCAACUUCUAAAUUUCUUCUUUCAUGUUUCUUUCCAGCUCAUUUUGUACAUAUAUCAUCUAUGCCCUUUGCCAUGGCAAGGACAAUAAUUGGGUAUUACUCCCUUUUUGAAAGUAUUUGUAUUUAGCUUGUUUAAUUGUACGAAUUUACGUUAUAUUAUGAUUAUCUUUUACACUUUGUUUGGAA